CCAGCCGGGACGCUCCCGGCGUACGCGGAAGCGGAAGCGGGUCUGGCGGCGCGCGGCAGGGACGGGUGCCGGCGCGGCCGUUGCUGUGGGUUCGCCGCGUCGCGCCGCGCUGGCUGCGGUGAGGCGGCGCCGAGGCAGGCGCGAUACUUUACGUGUCUUUGUACCGGAGAACGUGGAGUCUGCCCUCAGUGCUAAUCUACUGUGGUUUGAGCGUUAAGGAGACUUUGAGGCCGUGUGACAUCGCUCCUCCUUCCCUUCCUCCCUGAAAAGACGGUAGCUGCUUUCUGAGCCAUCGCAUACCAACUUCGUUUAUUCCUAGAUCGUCCUCAGCUCCUUGUUUUUUCUGAAGCCUUACUAAGGUUUAAUUAUCUGUGGGCUCAGAUGAUUGUAAAAUAAUUUAAGAUGCUCGUGCUACUCAGUUUUAACUUUCUAACUGACUUUUAUAUUAAGAGACAUUGGUUUUACUUGGGAAUGGUUAAAUGUCCAAGGAAUUCAAUUCUUUAUGGAUAAGGGCUGUUUUAUUUGACAUUUUUUGGCCUAUAUGUUAAACUUGCAUCUUUAUUCUUUUUAUCCUAUGCUUUUUCUGUGUUAUGGCUGCUGCAACAAUAGUUCAUGAUACAUCAGAAGCUGUAGAGCUCUGUGCUCCUUGUGGGUUAUACCUUAAGCCCAUUACAAAAAUGACCAUCAGUGUGGCACUUCCUCAGCUGAAACAACCAGGAAAAUCCAUUUCAAACUGGGAAGUGAUGGAAAGAUUGAAAGGUAUGGUGCAAACUCAUCAGUUUUCCACUCUGCGAAUUUCUAAAAGCACAAUGGAUUUCAUCCGGUUUGAAGGAGAGGUUGAAAACAAAAGUUUGGUGAAGUCUUUUCUGGCAUGCCUUGAUGGCAAAACAAUAAAGCUGAGUGGCUUCUCUGACAUUUUAAAAGUUCGUGCCGCAGAAUAUAAGAUUGACUUUCCAACCAGACAUGACUGGGACUCAUUUUUUCGUGAUGCAAAAGAUAUGAAUGAAACUUUGCCAGGGGAAAGACCAGAUACUAUUCAUUUGGAGGGCUUACCUUGUAAAUGGUUUGCAGCAAAGGAUUCUGGCUCAGAAAAGCCAAGUGAAGAAAUUCUUAUAAAAGUUUUCAAGAAAUUUGGAGAGAUACGUAAUGUGGACAUACCUAUGCUGGACCCUUACAGAGAAGAAAUGACUGGCAGAAAUUUUCACACUUUCAGUUUUGGAGGCCAUUUAAACUUUGAAGCUUAUGUUCAAUAUUGGGAGUAUGCAGGUUUCAUUAAGGCCAUGAAUGCCCUGCGAGGGAUGAAGCUGAUGUAUAAAGGUGAUGAUGGCAAAGCAGUGGCUUGCAAUAUAAAGGUUUCUUUUGAUUCAACAAAACACCUGAGUGAUGCAUCAAUUAAGAAGCGCCAGCUUGAAAGGCAAAAGCUUCAAGAGCUUGAACAACAGAGAGAAGAGCAAAAACGUAAAGAGAAAGAAGCUGAGGAAAAACAAAAAGAGGAAGAAAGGAAGCAAAGAGAGCUUGAAGAGUAUGAGAAAGAGAAAAAAAGAGAAGAAAAGUUGCGCAAGAGAGAGCAGAAACAGAAAGAUCGUGAAGUUCGAAGAAACAAAAAGCAACUUGAAAAAAUACAAGCUGAAGAGCAAAAAAAAUUGCAAGAGAAGAUAAAGCUAGAAGAAAGGAAGCUCCUGUUAGCUCAGAGAAAUCUUCAGUCCAUUAGACUAAUUGCAGAACUGCUAAGCAGGGCAAAGACAGUAAAGCUUUUGGAACAGGAACAUAAUGAAGAAAAGAUCCGUCUUCAGCAGUUAGAGGAGAGACGAAAGCUACAGGAGGCUGAGCUCAGACGUGUAGAAGAGGAAAAAGAGAGAGCACUGGGACUGCAGAGAAAAGAAAAGGAGCUGAGGGAGAAGCUACUAAACAAUCUUCUGAGCAAGAAAAUGGAUGCAGCUCAUCAAAACGAAGAAGAAACAGAAGCAUCUCCAUCUGGUAUGCUAAAAACUGCUGGUGGUGUUCCACACACUGUGUCAUCCAGCUGCAUCACUUCUACCUCGGGACAAGCUGUUGCAGGCAAACUAGCUUCAGGCUGUCAGAGAAAAGCAGUAUCCCCUGAGAGUAUAAAUACUCAGUGCAAGUACUUGAAUGGCAAUAUUCACGACAGAGGUCAUGUCAAAGAAGGCCAGAAACUUCAUACCGCAAACUCUGAGAGGUGUUCUGAGAAAAGAAGUUCAGGAGUGCUUUCACGUAUUCCUACCAAUAACCAGCAGCAGAAGAGCGUCUCUAGCUAUGACCAGAAUACCUGCAGGAAGGACUCGCACUGUGAGCAGGGCAAACGUAGCAUAGAGUCAAGGAGAAGAAAGAGCCGUUCGUGUAGCAGUAUAAACACUGAUGAGAGUAAGGGUAAAAGAGAGAGAAGCAAACACAGAAGAGACAUGAGUUAUCAGGAUGAAAGGCGCAGGAAAGAAAGGAGGUUUUAUAAACACUCUAGCAGAAGUUACAGUCCUCAACGAAGCUAUAGUCCUCGGCGAAGAAGCGUAAGCCCCAGACGUUCCCGUUAUAGAAGAACUCGCAGUAGGGAACGUAAAAGGGACAGAAGAGAGAGAAGUCGUAGUCGCAGAAGUGUGAGCAAGAAACGAAGAUAUCGGAGGAGAUCACUGAGUAAGCAAAGGAGUACUUGGAGUCGGUAGUAGAGGCCUCAGCCAUUUGGAAAGGCUGUGAUUGGACACAAGGGCCAGAAAAUUGUAAGCCAGACCUCAUUGGUGUGACUACUAUAGAAAACGCUUGUUUCAACCAGUGUCUAACUUGCAUCUAGUUCCUGAAACCAAGAAAAUAGAUGCCUGAUUUUGUUGAAGUUUCUUUGUGCUUUGUUGUCUCUUUCUAGGUUUUUCCCAUAAUGUAGGUAUAGCCACCUGUGCUUGAGUUCCUAGAGUGCUACAAGCUGACCUGUUUUCUUGAUUUUCAAUUUUGUAAUUUUUCUUAGUUCAUUUAGUUUUUCUUCUCUUCAUCACCUAUUUGGGAUCAAGAGGUACAUGGGUGCCAGUUAUAGGAACUCCAGGUGUGACAAGCUAUUACAUACACACAGAUUUAAUAUUAAAUGCUUUCUGGUGCACUCAGUGAAAUCAUAUGUAACGAAGUAGAGAGUUUUGCUGAUUGAGCCAGAGAGCCGUACUUUUGUAUAGUUCUUAAAAUUGACUACAAAGAUGCACAGGAUAUCUUUUAAACUGCUGUGAUUCCUUCAUUUAUCUGUAUGGUCCCAAACUUUGUGGCCCAAAUUUUUCUGGCAUGUAAUGCCAUUUAUGUAGUAUUUUUUUCCAUGUAAGAAAGGCACAUUGAUGUAGGAAGUAAGAAGCAGUGGUAAAAUGGUUGAAAAGUUGUUCUGUUAUUUUGUUGACAUAUUUGGCUUUGUAAUUACUUCAGAUGGCAGUCACAUGAAGCAUUUUUUUCAGGUACGUAUAGAGCUAGCAAUUACCUUUUGAAAGGGGCCUUCUUGCUAAAUUAUUUUUACUUGCGUUGUUGGAAAAUAAGGCUGCAGUGUCUCUUGUUAAAUCCAUUUAAGAAUACUUUUGCUUCUAAAAUGCAGCUCAGGAAUAUUAAAAGCUAUAACAUUAUAGUAAAAGAGUUUAUUUUGCCUUUUUAUGGUAAAAUUAAAAUCUGUUUCCAGUGAAAUGAAAUGGCUGUUUUCAUAUGUCAGUAUAUUAAAAUCUGCAGAACUAUCAUAUGAAAA